AUGGACUACACAAAGCUGCGGGCCGCCGCCCUCCGCGACGGCGAGGACGAGGAAGCCGUCACCGUCGACACGCGCGCCCUCAUCGACAAGGUGCUGGCCCGCUACUCGGGCGAGUGGACGACGCUGCGUGAGCUGAUCCAAAACGCUGCCGACGCCCAGGCCACGACCGUCAAGAUCAAGUGGGAGACCACGCCCUCCACGUCUGUGCCGCUGCCUCUGCAUGCGGGCGCCGCCAGCAACCCGAAUGCCCUGCUGCGCCAUACCGUCCUGCAUCAUACGUUGCGGCGGCUGCUCGUCGAGAACGACGGCCAGGCUUUUACAAAGACCGACUGGGCCCGCCUGAAGCGCAUCGCCGAGGGCAACCCGGACGAGACCAAGAUCGGUGCGUUUGGCGUGGGCUUCUACAGCGUCUUUGCCGACUGCGAGGAGCCCUUCGUCCGCUCCGGCCGCGAGGCCAUGGCCUUCUACUGGAAAGGCAACGCCCUCUUCACACGCAAGAUGGCCGUGCCAGACGACGCCGUCGCGCCCGACCAGGCCGGCAAGACCACCUUUGUGCUCGACUACCGCAACGCCACCACGGCGCUGCCCAAUCUGCUGUCCGUCAGCCAGUUCCUCGCCACCUCUCUGACCUUUGUCGCCCUCCAGCGCAUUGAGUUCUGGGUCGACGAAUGGAAGAUUCUGGAUCUGCACAAGAAGCUGUCACCAAGCGUCGCCGUGUCCAUCCCGCGCAACCUCGAUGUACGCACCAAGGAAGGCCUGAUGACCGUGGCCGGUGUCGACCGCUCCAGCGCCCAGAUCGAUGCUCAAUACAUGCACGCCGUAGCCUGGAAGCCGUCCGCCGCUGCGAACGGCUCGGCGUCUGCUUCUGGUUCCACGUCGGGCGGCAGCAACCCGUCCGGCAGCAGCAAAUCAACCGACACCUACGGCAUGUCUGCGGGCGACAUGCCGUCCCUCCGCAGCUUCUUCUCGCGGCUGACGGGCUCGUCGUCCUCGUCUUCCGCUCAGAAGGAGGCUCGCAACAAGGCCGCGCGCGAGGAAAAAGUCGCCCAGGAUGCCCUGCUAGAAAACCUCACCGGCACAGGCCGCGCCAGCAUCUUCUUGCGUGUCACGUCGGCAUCGGUCAAGACCAACGUGUCUGCCAACUUUGCUACAGAGCUGGAGCGCGCUACAAAGAAGCCCCCACCCAAGACAACCAAGAUGGCCAUUCUGACGUCAACCUACGACGAUGUCUUGGCGUCUGAGGAAGCCAUCAAGGCCGUGGGCGCGAUGACGACAGCGUCAGCUGCAGCAGCAGCUUCUUCUUCUGUUUCAGCUUCAGCGGCAGCUACAGCUACGACAGCUCCGGCGACGGCGAAGCCGGGAAGGUUGUCACACAAAAAGACGCCGUCAACCGCCGGUGCUCUGCCGCCUCCGCCAGACUAUACGCCGGCCAUUCCCCCCGCAGACAUCUUUGCCUCGGUCCUGCCGAGCAAGAAGCCGGGCGGCCGCAUUUUCAUUGGUUUCCCGACCAUGCAGACGACCGGUGGCGGCAUGCACGUCUCGGCCCCAUCGCUGAUUCCAACCGUGGAGCGCGAGGCCAUUGACCUCAACGCCCGCUGGGUGCGCAACUGGAACAUGGAGCUGCUCCGCGUGUCCGGCAUCCUGGUGCGUCUGGCGUUCAUCAACGAGAUGGCGGACCUCGCCGUCAAGUUCCGCCAGUUUGUCGAGGCCAACCGCGCUGCCAAGGCGGCCCCUGGUACGGUGGCCGUAAACAGCAGCGUCGUGCCUGUGCCCACGGCCGAUGAGGUCGCCCGAUUUGUCCCCGAGGCCCUGCACGUGCUCAAGACGUACACCUUUAGUGACUCGACCCCGAGCGCCUAUGUCGGCCAGAUCAUCGAGGAAGCCUUCUGGACGGCCUAUGCGCUCCCGUCCCUGGACGUCUUCUCCAGCCGCGGCGUCCUUUCCACGGCCAAGGUGCGCAUGAGCAACGUCGAGCUGAGCAGUUUUGUGGACGGCAUCCCCGUCGUCGUGGAGCAGAUGAAAGACGACCCGUUCAUCAAGAAACUGCAUGACUUUGGCAUCAUCCAGGACGCCACGUUGGACGACGUCAAGGCCGAGCUCGAGUCCAAGCCACUCAACCGUGACCAGCUCGUGCACUUCCUCAAAUGGACCAGCACGCAAACCAGGAAGGGCGAGCUGAGCUUUAUAGACAUUCAGAAGCUGUUGGGCGCGGCGGUUGCGAAUGUCGUCGAUGAGACAACCGGCAGCUCGACUAUCCUCGAGCUGCACAGAAUCAAGCACUUUCUCAUUGGCAACAAGAUCCCGGCCAAUCUGCCCAUCCCACCCAACACCCUUCCACUCUCCAUCACCAACUCCAUCGCAACGACGCAGCUGCAGGCGCUGGGCUGGAGUGCGCUGGACAUCUUGCCGUGGGUGGAAUACCUCGUGGCGUCCCGGGUGCAGCUCGGCGCAGAGUGCAACCUGACGGCUGAUCCCAACUUUGCCGCACAGGUUCUUCUUGUCGUCUCCAAAAACUGGGACAACACCAGCUUGUCAAGCAAGUCGAGCAUAGUAUCCCUGCUCCAGGAACACACCACAAUGCCCACCCGCACGGGCAUGCGGAAACCUGAAGAGGCCUUCUUCCCGUCCGUCAAACUGUUUGAUGAUCUGCCUGUUGUGGCGCCCAACUGCCAGCACCUCAAGGACAAGUUCUUGCAGCAGCUUGGCGUCCGCAAGACCAUCGAUCUCGACACCAUCUUCACGCGCCUGCUCAGCCAGCCGACCCCCUCCGUGCCCAGCACCGCCACCACGUCUACUGCUGGUGCCGCUGGCACGUCGGAAAAGGCCGCUCUCGCUGCCCCAGCCAGGAAAAAUUGGAGCCAUGUCGAGCUGAUCAAGUACCUCGCGUCCGUCCGCGGCGACAUCCCUAGCAACGACAUCAAUAAGCUGCGCAAGACGGCAUUUCUCCCGGCUGAGGCCGGCACAGAUGGUCCAGGGUCGCAGUUGUCCGGUGCCACGCUGUACCGGCCUGACCAAUUGUACGAGCCGUCCGCCGCCGUACGCGAGCUGGGCUUUCCCAUCGUGCAGUGGCCCGAUCAGCCCGGUAACUACUACCGCAAGUCCAGCGCCGAGGCCCAGUUCUUGACCGCACUGGGCCUGCGCCACCAUCCAAAUGCCAGCAACCUGGUUGAAAAAAUGGCGUCACCCAGCCAGUCCCUGCGCGACAAGGCGCGCGCCUACUUUAUUGAACACCACCAGACACACGGCUACGGAGCGUACAAUGUUCGCGGCACGAACAUGGCCAUCAUGCCCAUCCAGGUCAGCGGCGGCAGCAGCAGCGAGAAACAGCCACAGGAAGUGCUUGUGGCGCCCUCGGCCUGCUACCAGAACGCCGACGCCGCCGUCCUCGGUUUCCCCAUCCUACGCAAGGACUUGCAGCCACACGCCGCCAAAUUCGGCGUUUACCUCAAUCCGCCCAUGGACGAGUGCGUCAAGCGGCUCCUGGCCAAGCCGCCGCGGUCAAAGGAAGAUGCUGCCGUCGUCUUCAAGUACUUUGCGACCCGCCUUGCCGACUUGUCGGGCAACAGCCUCCAAAUGCUGAAGAAGGGCGCUUUUGUACCCGUCGUUCGCAAGUCGAGCGUGACGGCGUCUUCGGCCCCCGUUCCGAACGCCAACGGAUACCCAGACGAUAAGAAGACACCUGCUGCUCGUGGGCAGUCGACCCAGACAACCAUUGAACACGUCUCGCCCGAGUCCUGCUACCUAGGCUCGUCGGCCACAUACGGCGACAUCUUUGAUUUUGUCGACUUUGGUGUCAACGGCAAUGCGUUUCUGUUCAAGUGCGGCUCCAAGUCCGAGCCGACCAAAAUCGAGAUUGCCCACCUGGCGUGCAACGAGCCCGCGCGUCUCCUCAGCACAAUGCAAACAACCGAGCGCUACUUGGCCCUGCUGCGCUCGCUCGCCGAAGAGCUGCCGCGGCUUAUGAACGACCGGGAGCUGCUCCAAAAGAUGCAAAGAGCGCCGUUUUUGCUCGCCUCGCGGGAGAUCAGCCCCAGCCGCCCGAACCAGCAGAAUGGCCAGGGGGCGUUCAGCACGUUGUUUUCUGCCCAGGACGCCGGCAACGACGACGGUGGCGACGACGACAGCGACGAGCCGCCCAUUCGGCAGUACCAGCUGGCGUCGGCGGCCAACAUCAGCAUCCUGGACGACUACAUUAGUUACCGUCUCUUCAAGGACAAUCUCAUGUGUGCGCCCGAGGAGGAUGCCCUCGAAGCGUUCUACCUAGCGCUCGGCGCCCAGAAGCUGAGCCAGGUCGUUACGGAAGACAUCCGCAUCGGCGCCCACAGCCCCAGCCAAGCCGAGGCCGUCAAGCUCCGCUCCUUUGUUAUCGAGCGGUCCAAGAUUUUUUUGUACGAGUACCAAAAGUACCGCCACGAUGCCAUCAAGCACGACAUCCGCUGGCUCGAGAAGAAUUUGGCCGUCGAGAUGGUCCAGUCCGUAUCGUUGCGCCGGUCUCUGCGCCAUAGCAACGAGACGCACACCGAGAAGCGGUCGGCCGCCAGCGCGCGCAGCAAGGGCUCGGGCUUUGUGCUCUACGUCGCGUCCAAAUCCAGAGUCGACAUGUACCAGGUCGGCCAGGCCAUUUGCCAGCUGGUUCUGAGCCGGCCCAGCCAACAGGCCUACUUCUUCUUUGAGCCCUUCCUCAAGCUGGAGCUGCUCGACCUGCGCGCCCGCGGCUACAACGUCGACCGCAUCCUGCGCCAGCGGGCGGCCGAGGCGCGAAUUGCCGAAGAGGAGCGCCGCAAGGCGUUGGAGGCGGAGCAGGAGCGCAUCCGGGCCGACGAGAAAGAAUGGGCCGAGCGGUCGAAGCUAGCAGCAGCGGCCCAGUCGUCGCCGGACCGUAAGAUGCCAGGUGGCUUUGCCGACGACGGCGACAAUACGCCGGUGCAUGAUUUCCCACCUUCGAACCCGCAGUUGUUGCACCAGCAGCAGCAGAACGCCAUCAAGAAGAGGGGCAUCUUUUCGGGCCUGACGCGUCGCCUGGGUCUCGACAACAAGCAGGACCACGAGCACAGUUCUGACGAUGGCGGCCACGCCGAGGACGAGCGGAGUGCGCGAGGCGGCAGUGAAAGUGCUGGAGGUCCAACCACCAGCACACAGCACGACAGCAACAACAACGAGGAGGGCCGCGUGACCAACCCGGCGGUCGUGCAGCAGAACAUGCUGAACGCGAUCCAAGCGACGCGGCCGUUUGGCUCGAACUCGCUGUAUACGCCGCCCACGACCAACUUGGUCAAGGAGCAGGCGACGUACUGCGACAGCAACCAUGCGCACGACCUGGCCAUGGUCGCCCAGGCGCCGCGCGGCAUGAACGUCUUCCUGGCCCGCGCGGUGACCCUGCCGGCGGCGGAUUUCUUGGCGCAGAACCGAAGCGUCAUUGCCACCUUUGAGGCGCUUCUGCGCGACGUCGCGGCCGUCUACGACCUGGCGCCCGACGCCGUGCAGAUGUACUACGAUGCCACGGGGCCCACGAUCGCCUUCAACACGCGCGGCAGCAUCUUUUGCAACCUGCGCUACUUUGUGCAGCUGCACGCCCGCAAGAUGCAGGCGGCGGGCGACCGCGGUGCGCAGCAGGCGCGCGUGGACGCGACGGUGUGGUGGUGGGUGGUGCUGGCGCACGAGCUGGCGCACAACCUCGAACAGAGCCACAACGCGGUGCACAGCUACUACACCGAGACGUUUGUGCAGCAGUACUUCCACAAGAUGACGGCGCGCGCUGCGUCAUGGAACAACGCGCCGGCUCGCGACCUCGGGGCCGUUGCGGGUGCGUCGCGUCUCGUGUCCGCCAACGACGGCGGCGACGGCCCGUCGGCGCCUGCGCCGCCCUCAUACGAUCAGGCCACGUCUGCGAGCCAGCGUCCGUCGAACCUGAUGGAUUAG